GGAGAUGGAGAGCCAGAGUCCGACCCGGGCGGUUGGCAACUUCCCGGGUGGUUGGCAACCUCCCUGGUGUCCCCGGAAGGAAGACAGGCAGUGUCCGGUCAGAAGUAGCCUCUGGUGCUGCCUGGAUCUCCUAGACCAGCUCCCUUGAUUCUGCUACCAGGCUCCCUGGCUCCCGGGUUCAGCCCCGCCUCCGGGGCCAUCCCGCAGUUUGUGGAGCGGCUGAAGCUUCCAGGGGCAGGACGGAGCAAAGGUCCAGACCCUCCCUCCUCUUCUCCCUGGGUGUCCCGGGAGCGCGCGCGCGUGCCCGCGCGUUAAGGAACGAAGCGUGCAGGAGCGGGAGCGGCAACACGCGGGUAAUCUCAACCCGACAAAAUGUUUGCCAAAGCAACUCGGAAUUUUCUUAAAGAAGUUGAUGCUGGAGGAGACCUGAUUUCUGUCUCACACUUGAACGACUCUGACAAGCUGCAACUUCUAAGUCUGGUGACCAAAAAGAAGAGAUACUGGUGCUGGCAGAGACCCAAGUACCAGAUUUUAUCUGCCACCCUGGGAGAUGUUCUCACAGAAGGGCACCCUCUCAGUCCAGUGGUUGUGGAAUCAGACUUCGUGAAAUACGAAAGCAAGUGUGAGAACCAUAAGAGUGGGACGCUCGGGACCGUCGUGGGGAAGGUCAAGCUGAACAUUGGCGGCAGGGGUAUGGUGGAGAGCCACUCUUCGUUUGGAACCCUGAGGAAGCAGGAGGUGGACGUGCACCAGCUCAUCCAGGAUGCCAUCGGGAGAACAGUUAAUAUGGACAAUCUGGUGCUCCAGCAGGUGCUAGAGAGCAGGAAUGAGGUCCUGUGUGUGCUGACACAGAAGAUCGUGACCACGCAGAAGUGUGUGAUUUCUGAGCAUGUGCAGUCGGAGGAGACGUGCGGAGGCAUGGUGGGGAUCCAGACCAAGACUAUACAGGUGUCAGCAAUGGAGGAUGGGACGGUCACCACGGACACCAAUGUAGUGCUGGAGAUCCCCGCUGCUACCACCAUUGCCUACGGCAUCAUGGAGCUGUUUGUGAAACAGGACGGCCAGUUUGAAUUCUGCCUCCUCCAAGGGAAACAUGGUGGCUUCGAGCAUGAGAGGAAAGCAGACUCCAUCUACUUGGACCCCCUGGCCUACAGAGAGUUUGCCUUCCUGGACAUGCCGGAUGGGGGUCAAGGGAUCUCUUCCCAGGAUGGGCCACUGCGUGUUUUAAAACAAGCAACCCUGCACCUAGACAGGAGCUUCCAUCCCUUUGCGGUGUUACCUGCCCAGCAGCAGAUGGCGCUGUUCUGCAUCCUGCAGAAAAUCCUGUUUGAUGAAGAACUCCUUAGGGCCUUGGAGCAAGUGUGUGAUGACAUGGCUGGCGGCCUCUGGUCCUCACAGGCUAUAUUGGCAAUGGAGGAGCUGACAGGCAGUCAGCAGCAGGACCUCACAGCCUUCCUGCAGCUGGUGGGAUACAGGGUUCACGGAGAGCUCCCUGGCCCACGAGAUGAGGUCAUCAACCAGAAGCUCUUUGCAACAGCCCACUUCCUGGUCAGUGCACUAGCAGAAAUGCCUGAUAAUGCCACAGUUUUCCUGGGGACUUGCUGCAAACUCCAUGUUGUUUCUUCACUGUGCCAUCUGCUCCAUGCUCUUUCUGAUGACAGUGUGUGUGAUUUUCAAGACCCCACCUUGGCUCCUCUGAGAGACGCAGAGAGGUUUGGCAUCGUGCAGCGUUUGUUUGCCUCUGCCGACAUUGCCCUGGAGAGGAUGCAGUUUUCUGCGAAAGCCACCAUCCUGAAGGACUCUUGCGUCUUCCCGCUAAUUCUUCUUAUCACUCUAAGUGGGCUCUGCACUCUAAGCAAAGAGCACGGGGAACAACAUCUCUGUCAGUCAGAAGGACAUGCUACUGGCCAAGACUAGCUGAUUUCAGGAUUAAGAGAAUACUUUGGGGUUUUGGGUCCAAGCAGGUUAAGUCUGUCAGUGAAUCCCAGUGCACAUCAGGGGUGGAGUCCUUCCUUACUGUGAAUGGCUGCAAGCACUGUAAAUGGGUUAUUUUCAAUCAGAGGCCUACUGUGCCGACACCUGAGUUAUUGAAGGAAAAAUUACUUGUCACUUUAUUUUCUACUCAUGUCUUAUAUACAACACCAGAUGAGUCUCAGAUUUUACUGCAAAGUUCAUCUUAAGCUGUGACUGCUACAGGGAAGCAAUUUCCUUCCCAUCCUUCAGACAUGGUGUACCCUGCUGGGUGACUGGGAAACUAGAAAUGCUACUUGAGUAUAUAAAAUAAUUACAGUAAGAACAUCUAAUUUGAUCCACCUCAACAUGAGAAUUUAAAUAUAUUUCUCUUAUUUGACUUUGUUAUGCUUGGAUGAACAUACUAUGUCUGGGGCAAUUCCAGUGCAUUCUGGGAAUUUGUCACAUGUUGCAAUUUCUAUCAUAAGCAAUUCUGAACUAUGUGUAGUUGGCCGUUCAUUAAGUUUUUGAUGUCCUUCUGCUUUAGUAGCUUGGACAGUGUCCUCAAGCCUCCUGAUUCCCGAGAGCAUCUGUUACUACUGAUCAAACCCAAUGUCCCUGGGCAGCAGCAGCAGUGGGAUGCAUGUUAGCAUAUAGUUUUCACCUCCACUUCAAUAGUGUGGCAUCUUCAGAUUAUAAGGAAGAGUAAUAAUGAUAAAGUAAAUCAUCUCUAUUAAAAAUGAGAUUCAUCCUUAUGCACCUGCCGAUUACAGGCUUACAAAGUUACAAACCAGCAACACUGCUCAUGAACCAUGAAUUAGGAAGGAAACACAACACAUAUACUGUGCUGUGUUGGUGGUGCCUUAUCCUUUGCCUAUUUUUAACAUCAGGCAUGAAGAGCAAGCUAUGAACAGAACAUGUAAUAUGAAUCUAGAGGUGGAAAAACAUGUGUAUGGGGAUACAUGCCAAGAUUCAGAAGGAACCCAGCAGUGGCUCAACACAAUGCCCAGACCUGGAGACUGGUACGAAAGACAGAGAGCGCAUGUUCUGUCUCCAGCUUUGCAUUCUAGCUAGAAUUUUGUAUUACCUUCUCAUUAAGGAAGAAAAGAACCCUGAAAAUGGAUCAUGAGAUAGAAAACGAAUAGAAAAGGGACUGGGGAGCCUGUUUAGUGGAUGUGCUUGUUGUGCAAGCAUGAAAACCUACGCUGGGUCUCCAGCAUCCAUGGAGAGAGCGAAGUGUCAGGAUCACAUCUGCACGACCAGCAAACACAGGGCAAUGUGUGGGUUUGCUGGUUUACUAGAGAGCUUCAGCUGUAGUCAGAAAACCUGUCUGGAAAAAUAAAAAACCUGGAAAGCACAGAGGAAGAUACCUCUAGCCUCUAUGUGCGUAUGUGGACACACACAAAUAAUAAAAAUAAACCAUGCUCCUGGAAACAUCAGAAAGAUUCUAAAGUCUUUCUUUAGUAGCAUGUUCUUGAAUGUGAGGUAUGGAAUCCUAAAAACCAGCAUGGGAGAAUUACAAAGGGCUUCCAGAAAGGUUUUCGGCACACAAGGCCACAUUUUAAUGAGUCCCUGCCUUCUUCCUGCAGGCCCAGUGUCAAAUGCAAGCAACAGGUAUGCCUGAUGAAACACAUGGUUUCUCUUUCCGGGACACAUGGGAAGUGGCUACAGUGACUCAUGCUGUCUAAACAGUCUCUGUUUCUUGACUCUGUAUUUUAAUCUUCCCAAUUCUGAGAACCUUUGGCAGGACAGAAACAAAAGCAGAGGGAAGCCCUGCUGAAAAGCAGAGACUGGUGAAAAUUUAUUUAGGUGGAAUAAAACUACAUCAGGGACUUAAAAAAAAUCAUUUAAACCAAAGUUACUGUGAUAUCCUGCAGUUUUAUCUCUCUUAGCUCUACCUAUAAACAAAACACUUCAAAUUUCUCAACAGCAAAUAAAUAUUUCUUUAUAUACACAAAAGUAUUUUGCCAGGAAUGUGCAAUUUUACAAAUUGAACACUGCAAUAAUUUUAAGCUAUAUCUGGAAAUAUGGUCUAAGAUUUAUAUGAAUUUCUGAAAAACCAGCCCCUACUGUAUUAUAGGAAAUUAAGAGACACAAGGACAGCAUUGACAGGUCAGUCUCUUUGCAGACACUAGGAAUACUGAUACUUUGAAAGCAGGGAUGGUUAAUUUUUUACUUUGAAACCUUUUCAUCAAAAAGUUACUUGGCCAAUAAAGCAGCUUGGCCAAUUUUGACUUCUGUAAGCACAUGUCUUCUAUUGAAAACUCCUUACAGUCACUUCAGAGGGUGCUGUUUAAAGCUGAAGUAUGUGUUUCUGUUAGAUCCUAACAGGAGAGAAGAUGCGCAACAAUGAACUGGGUGGGUGGUGACAUUUCCCACAGCAAGUCAUUCACAUCAAAUGCUACUGUGGACAGUUUAAAGUAACUUGCAGAAAUUUUCACUUGAUGCUGAACAUUGUACUGACUAGCAUUAUGUCAACUUGACAUAGGCAUCUGAGGAGGUAACUCCAAUUAAGAAAAUGCCUCCAUAACCGUAAGCCUGUAGAGCAUUAUCUUACUGACUGACUGAUGGCGGAGGAUCCAGCCCUUUAUGGGCAGUUAUCCCCAGGCCUGUGGUCCAGGUUUCUAAAAGAAGGUAGGUUGAGCAAGUCAUGUAAUCAAGUUAGUGAGCAGCAGUCCUCCUCGGCCUCUGCAUCAGUUCCCGCCUCCAGGUUCCUGCCCUGUGUGAGUUCUUACCCUAACUAAUGAUGAACUGUGACAUGGCAAUGUAAGUCAAACUCUUCAGUACCAAGUUGCUUUGGUCAUGGUUGUUUCAUCACAGAAAUAGCAACUAUUGCUCAUUCUUUUGUAAAUCAGUGUUAUGGAAGAAACAGGAACCAGCAUCAGUUCUUUUAAGAUGAUAUACAGUGAAAUUUGCAUUUCAUGUUCAGAUGUGUAUGAAGUAAUGAACCAUGAAAUAA